UCCUCCUCCUAUUGCCGACCUAGGACGAGCUCCCUUGCCGUGGACUCUGGGCUAAUGUGAGGCGAUAGCGUUGCAGAGCCCACCAUUGGUUUUCCCGACUGCCGGGCUGGCAGGCAGGCACUGGCAACGGGGAAGAACUGGACGGACGAACAUUUGGGGUGGAACAUAGCGAAAAACACCGGCACCUGGGAAGGAAACGAAGGAAUAUAACAUCUUACUCGGGACUGGAGUUUCCAAACGGAACAAAAACGUAGCUAAAGUCCCGUGUUGGCUGGAAGUUUUCGAGCCGUGAUGUGGUGACGCGACUUCAUCGAAUCGACGGGAAGCUAACGUUAGCCGAGGCGCUAACGUUAGUCGAGAGAUUAAUCAUUUCGGCAGAAGUCUACCGUCCAGUUUCAGGGCUUUAAAUAAUCUUCACUGGUGUUGAAAAUAAUGUAAGAUACACACCAGGGAUGUACUUUUGCCAUGCAGUCUGCUUUUAUACACAAUGGAGCAUAUCCCGAGAUAACUACCUGACGUUAUCUGACCUAAGUUGGAGCAUUAAACUAGCAAGCUUUAGCUACCUAGCUGGCUAGUAGCUAACCUUCAAACUGAUUUCAAGCCAAAGAACUCUGCUUCAAAUUAGCUAAUGUUAGCAAGGCUCUAACUAUUUCCACGUCAUCGUACUGUUUCGCUACAUGGCUGCCUGUUUUUUUUUUAUUUCGGUCAGUUGAACUUCUAUUUUCGAGGAUGGGUGGUUGUUUUGAUGAGAUAAGAUAAACACAUCACUUUCAAAUCUGGGUAUGCAGACAUCGAAUCACCAGCUUACGCCGUGCUAGCUUGCUAACGUUGAGUUAGCCGGCCAUAGUUGGAAUACUGCCCCCUGCUCACUUUACGUGGGUUUCGCUCUAAGGCCUUGAGGAAAUUAUCAUCCUUUUUACUGUAGAGACCAUUCUCACAGCCUCUGAAUGGAAUCCAGCCUAUAUCAUCUGAAUGACUCUGAGUGUUUGUGAAGCUUGAGGAGGUGGGAUCACCUUUGUUGACGUUUACACAGCAUCACAAUAUAACGUGACUCGUCAAGACAACAGGAAUAACGCAAGUCCUUCAAGAUGAUGUGCGAGGUGAUGCCCACCAUCAGUGAGGCUGAAGGGCCCGGUGGGGGAGGCGGCAGUGGUCACCGAGGCUCGGGCUCCCCACUUCAGUCAGACUCGGAGGGUCACUUUGAGUCACUGAUGGUGUCCAUGCUGGAGGAGCGUGAUCGUCUUCUUGAGACUCUUAGGGAGACUCAGGAAAAUCUGGGCUUAACACAGGGCAAACUGCACGAAGUGAGCCAUGAAAGAGAUUCGCUGCAGAGACAACUCAAUACUGCCUUGCCACAGGAGUUUGCUGCAUUAACGAAAGAGGUGAACCUGUGCCGGGAACAGCUUCUGGAGAAGGAGGAGGAGAUUGCAGAGCUGAAGGCUGAGAGAAACAACACACGGCUCCUUUUGGAGCACCUGGAGUGCCUGGUGUCUCGCCAUGAGCGCAGUCUGAGGAUGACAGUGGUGAAGAGGCAGGCUCAGUCUCCAGCAGGUGUCUCCAGCGAAGUGGAGGUCCUCAAAGCCCUUAAGUCACUUUUCGAACAUCACAAAGCCCUCGAUGAGAAGGUUAGAGAAAGACUACGUGUUGCCCUGGAAAGAUGCAGCAUGUUAGAGGAGCAGCUCACAAUGUCGCAUAAAGAACUGGUGUACCUCAGGGAACAGAGCAGCCUGAAGAGAGGGCUGGCAGAUGGAACCAGCGAGGUCAACCACAACUGUGAAAACACACCAAGCACGAAUGGCAAGCGGUCAUCGGAUGGUUCGCUGAGUCAGGAGGAUGAGUUGAGGUUCGGGAAGGUUGGUGAGCUCCAGGAUGUAGUGGACCGUCAGUCAGCUGAUCUGGGCCAGAUGAAAGAGCGAAUGGCUGCCAUGGUAUCACGCAUCAAUGAGCUCGAGGAGGACCUGGACACGGCCCGUAAGGACCUCAUCAAGUCUGAAGAUAUGAACACACGGCUACAGAGAGAUUUGAGAGAGUCAGUUGCUCAAAAGGAAGACAUGGAGGAGAGGAUCACCACCCUGGAAAAGCGCUACCUGGCAGCUCAGCGGGAGGCCACUUCUGUCCAUGACCUCAAUGACAAGCUGGAGAAUGAAGUGGCCAACAAGGAUUCUCUUUACAGACAAACUGAGGACCGAAACCGGCAGCUCCAGGAGAAGCUGGAGCUGGCCGAGCAGAAGCUGCAGCAGACCAUUCGCAAGGCGGAGACUCUGCCUGAGGUGGAGGCGGAGCUUGCCCAGAGAGUAGCUGCCCUCACCAAGGCUGAGGAGCGCCAUGGCAAUGUAGAGGAGAGACUGAGGCAGCUGGAGGCUCAGCUGGAGGAGAAGAACCAGGAACUGCUUAGGGCGCGGCAGAGAGAGAAGAUGAAUGAGGAGCACAACAAGCGCCUGUCAGAGACAGUGGACAAGCUCCUGUCGGAGUCUAAUGAGAGGCUCCAGCUGCACCUCAAAGAGAGAAUGUCUGCUCUGGAGGAUAAGAAUGCUCUGAUAAGAGAACUGGACCACACCAAGAAGCUGAUCGAGGAGUCUCACCAUGAGAAGGAGCAGCUCCUAAUUCAGAUUGAGACUAUGAGGGCAGAGAACGAGCAGGGUCGAAGCAGGAGCAACUCCUUGCUUCAUGGUCGCUCUCAGCUGGACAGCACUCCAGACUUUAGGUAUCCAGUGUCGGCCUCCUCGCUCAUGGACAGUAACUCGGAUCAUUAUGGCAGUGCUCUGGUGCUGAGGCGACCUCAAAAAGGACGAGUGGCAGCGCUGCGGGACGAGCCCUCAAAGCGACAUGUGCAGACUUUGAAUGAGCAGGAGUGGGAGCGAAUGCAGCAGGCCAACGUGCUGGCAAAUGUGGCCCAGGCAUUUGAGAGUGACAUGGAUGCCUCAGAUCUGGAGGAGGAUCGAGAGACCAUUUUCAGCUCGGUGGACCUGCUGUCCCCUGGUGGCCAGGCUGAUGCACAGACUCUUGCCUUAAUGCUGCAGGAGCAGCUCGACGCCAUCAACAAUGAAAUUAGAAUGAUUCAAGAGGAGAAGGAGAACACAGCAAUCCGGGCAGAGGAAAUUGAGUGCCGGGUUGGCAGUGGUGACAGUCUUGGAGCACGUUUCCGUUCCAUGGGCUCCAUCCCUCCAACACUUUGUGGGGGAUCCUCAUUGGGUGGCUCUCCACCAGGCUCUGGUCAUUCCACUCCCAGACGAAUUCCUCGCAGCCCCAACAGAGAGCUGGACCGCAUGGGUGUCAUGACCUUGCCUAGUGACCUGCGCAAGCAUCGCAGGAAGUCUGCUCAGGACGACAAGGCCACCAUCCACUGUGAGACAUCCCCACCCACCACUCCACGCUCCAUGCGUUUAAACAGAGACGCAGGUCAUGCUGCCAGCCAAGAGGACAUAAGAGAUUUUCGAGCUCUAGCAGGCCUGCAGGAUGGACAGGGCAGUAACCCCAGUAGCAGUAACAGCAGCCAGGACUCCCUCAACAAAGCGGCCAAGAAGAAGAGCAUCAAAUCGUCUAUUGGCCGCCUCUUUGGAAAGAAGGAGAAGGGCCGACCCAGUGUACCUGGCAAGGAAUCGCCUGGUUUAGCUGGCACACCUGAGGCAGAGAACUCUCCUAAGGAUGGUUUAGGAAUGGGCACUCUAGGAGGCCCGGCCGAGAAGAACCGGAAGCUGCAGAAAAAUCCAAAGACAGGGCAUGAAUUACUGGAAGAGGCUCGCAUGCAGGGCUUGCCGUUCGCCCAGUGGGACGGACCAACUGUUGUGGUUUGGCUGGAGCUGUGGGUGGGUAUGCCAGCCUGGUACGUGGCAGCGUGCCGUGCCAAUGUCAAAAGCGGCGCCAUCAUGUCAGCGCUGUCGGACACAGAGAUCCAAAGGGAGAUAGGCAUCAGCAACCCGCUUCAUCGUCUGAAACUUCGCCUGGCUAUCCAGGAAAUCAUGUCUCUCACUAGCCCAUCUGCCCCGCCCACCUCAAGAACGAGCACAGGAAAUGUUUGGGUCACACAUGAAGAGAUGGAAAGUUUGGCAGCCACGCCGACAACGGAGGAUGACGAGGGCAGCUGGGCCCAGACUUUGGCAUAUGGAGACAUGAAUCAUGAGUGGAUUGGUAACGAAUGGCUACCCAGCCUCGGUUUACCACAGUACCGCUCCUACUUCAUGGAGUCCCUAGUAGAUGCCCGUAUGCUUGACCACCUCACCAAGAAGGACCUCAGAGGACAGCUCAAGAUGGUAGACAGCUUCCACAGGAAUAGUUUUCAGUGUGGAGUGAUGUGUCUGAGGAGGCUCAACUACGACAGGAAGGAGCUGGAGAGGAAGCGAGAGGAGUCUCAGCUAGAGAUGAGAGAUGUGCUGGUGUGGAGUAAUGAACGUUUGAUUAGCUGGGUUCAGGCCAUCGGACUUAAAGAGUACAGCAGCAACCUGUAUGAGAGCGGAGUCCACGGGGCACUGCUCGCCCUUGAUGAAACCUUUGACUACAACACCCUGGCUCUACUGUUACAGAUUCCAACACAGAACACACAGGCCAGAGCAACUCUUGAGCGUGAAUUCAACAGUCUGAUGGCCAUUGGUACAGAGAGAAGAGUGGAAGAGGAUGAUGAUAAGAACUUUCGCCGAGCUCCAUCGUGGAGGAAGAAGUUCAGGCCCAAAGACAUGAGGGGAGUCUCCUUGGGCGUGUCGGACACACUCCCUGCCAACUUCCGGGUGACCAGCAGCAGCAGCGCGGCAUCUCCCUCCACACAGCCAAAGAGGAGUCCAAUGGAUGGAAGUCAGUCUAUACAGAGGCUGGACACUGCCACAGUCAGGACCUACUCUUGUUAACACAAUGUUUAUCCUCAUUAUUUCUAUAGGUAGCCACUGGUCAGAGGAUGAAGGGGAAUUCCCUGCAUUCAAGACCAGGAUGAUGAACUGAACUCACUAUCAAGGACUCUAAAAAGAUGUUUUUUUGUUGUUGUUGUUGUUGUCAUCACAGAGAAAGACCUUACUACUUCGUAUCCCUAGAGGAAACGUUCUAGAUUUAUCAACGUUGUUAUAUUUAUGCCGACUGAUGGGACAUUUAUUGAAUUGAUUUUAGAAUUUUAUUAUGUAAUCAUUUUUUCCCCCUCUAUUCCCUUAAUCAUUACACGUUUUAAACACAAAUACACAUUUCUCCGCUGUGCCCAUGUUAAGCUCUGCUCUCAGAUGUAUGUAACUGAAUGUUUUAACUGUCUGGAGUUUGUAUAUUUCUACCAACAGACAUUUUAUCUAUAAUCUUUUUUUUUUAUAAUCCUGAUUCUAUUGACCAGAUGUAUGUUUUUUCCUCUUUGAAUUCUAAUCAUUGAUUUUAUGCUCAAGUGACUUUGAUAUGUGAUAUAACUUAAUUCAUAUCCUUUGCCCUUUUUAACUGUUGUAAUUUUUUUUUAGCUUAUUACCUUUACUUUUGUGUAAAUGCAUCUCUUAGGUCAAAGGAUGUGUGAAUAUCAGACAAAUUGCUGGAGUUGUCGGACAGUUUCACAAACCUGUCAGCACUGUGAGUCGCCCAUCACCUGUGAAAUAACUGCUGGUGAGCCAGGUGAUGGAGGCACCAGAUAUCAUGUGAAACACACAGAAUAUUUUCCUUUUCUCUUUAUUUUUCCAUAUCUGUGAUACCAAAAUGAAACUCUGGAAUUUAUGAAUAAAGCCAUAUAUAAUUAGUAGCGGGGAAAGGAAGGGGUACAGAGGGCUUAAUUCAGAUGCAAGUGAAAUCAGAAAUUCAGGUUCUCUCUAGUUGACCUUGCAUGCAGAAAAUCCCCCACUAAUCCCCACCCAACCCCACAACCUGCACGUCCCUUUAACAAAAACAAACCUUCCUCACCUCUGGAGAAACACACUCAGGCUCCGUUGUACACAAGGACUUGAAAUGCGUAGAGUCCAAAGUGUGGAAACUCCUUCUAUGGACCAACUUCACUGAGGCCUCAGUUGAUCCCCGCUUAACUAAGUGACCCUGAAAGCGGUAUGAUCCACUUAAACCCCUUUUUUUUUCUUUUUUUUUUUUAAGAAAACAAAAAAAACAUUUAAGAUUUUAUAUCGAGCCUCAUUGUUUCUUAACUGCUCUGUCCUCUGUUCUUAUUUAUUACUCAUCCACUUUGUGUUUUUGUCAGUUCUUCAUUCAGAGUUCAUGCCUGAUUCGUUCUUCCUCGUGUCUGCGUUUGUCCUGUUUGCUUUCACAACACAGGUUCCACUGAACGACAAGGAACCAAAGAGUUUUCUGUCUUUUUCUCCCACAUGACAUUUAGUCAAAGCUUCACGUAGAGACACCUUUUUUCUUGUUUGUGAUGUAGUCAUGAAGACACAGUGCAAAUUAUGUUGCUGUUGUUUUUAUUCCCGCUCUCCCUGUUGAAAUUUCUUAUCUUGUAACAAUGAUGUACAGUCUGAGUACUUAUAAACUAUUUUUAUCACAGUAUUAUUUAUUGCUUACUUUCAAUAAAAUACUGAAACUUA